AUGUACGGGACCGGUGGUGUAAAUAGUGAGCAAGGUGGCGCUGCCAAUGCGACAAAGGCUAUGAUUUCGUGGUUGGCCAGAGGGCGACAGGCGGCUGUGUCUGCCGGCGGCACGGCGGCGCGUCGCGUUCGACGACCUACCGUCUCAAGGCCGCUCUUACACGUGCCAGUCAUGCCACCGGGCGCUUCCUGCCGCCAUAACAAAUCUCUCCCCGCCCCACACCCUCUCGCCCAUCUCACUCUACGCAAUAGGCUGGGACUAAGACUAAGUCCUUGUUGCUCUGAAGAGGUCCUUCCCUGA